AUGCCCCAUCAUGGCUCGUCUUCAGCUGGUGACGGUGAUGACUUUGCGCCGAAGCUCUCGCAGAACGUAGAGGACGUCCUGGGCAAGGUUCUACCUUCAGAAGACGUGCUGGACCGACCGGAUUUCGAUGCGCGUGAUUUCGUCAACCGCAAUUUCCCGGAUGAGCAGAGCUUGGAGGACAUCGGAGACUUUAUGGGUAGACUCCGUGAGCGCAUGAAGGAUCUCGAUGACUCGCUGUCGCAGGCGUCACAGGAUCAGAGUCUGGCGGCCCAACAGGCGCUCGUGGAUCUAAAGGAAGCGAAAAUAGCGACCCAGCAGCUCGUUCAAAAGAUCCACGACAUUCGAGGAAAGGCAGAGCAGUCGGAAGUAAUGGUGCAGGAGAUUUGCCGUGACAUCAAGCAGCUCGACUACGCCAAGCAUCAUCUACAGACCACACUCACAGUGCUAAAACGGCUGCACAUGCUAGUAAACGCAGUCGACCAGCUCGAGUUCGUGUCCUCGCAGCGCAACUAUCGUGAAGCUGCCCCUCUUCUUGAAGCGGUAAACCAGCUCUUCACGCACUUCGACCGCUACACUAACGUCGAUAAGAUUGUCGAGCUUCACCGAACCGUGCGCACGCUGCAGGAAGAGCUUGGAGGGCAGAUCUUUGCUGACUUUCGAUCGAUUGGGCCGAUGGAAUCGUUGGAGGAGAACUUUCCGUCAACGGAAGAGCGAGAGGCGGUUUUUGAAAACCUCUCGGCAGCAUGUGCUGUAGUAGAUGCUUUGGGAAAGGCAACGCGUGAUAAACUUAUCUUUUUGUUCUGCAACGAUCAGCUUAUAUCGUAUGAAAGACAAUACGGCGAGGGGGGCGAAAGCGUUGGCUUACAAAAGGCCGAAGCACGGUACACGUGGUUUUACAACCUGCUUGCUGCAAUUGAUUCUCAUUUAAAUGCUAUUUUUCCGGACCAGUGGCAAAUGGCUCGGCAAUUGUGCAUUCGGUUUUGCGAGUGUACGCGCACGCAUCUACUCGCUCAAAUAGGUGCACACACUCCAGACGAAUUAGACGUAACGCUGCUGCUGAAAUCGCUGCAGCGAACACUUAUGUUCGAACGCGACGCAGCGCGAAGAUUUGAAAGUACUGCAGAACGAAAAGAUGAGCUGGAGGUAAUGGAAAUGAACGAGCACAGCCAAAUUGUUGAUUCUCAGUCUGCUGCUGUUGGCAUAACGAAAAAGCACCGUGGCAAACAGUUUGAGGGUGAUCACAAGUUACCGGAUCAAGCAAUGGAGGAAACCAGCGAGUCGUCUGGCAACGACAGUCAAAGCCUGCCAACAAUCAGGGGGAUGAUAUCGUGCUCAUUUGAUCCUUUUAUGACGGCGUAUGUCGCGCUUGAGCGCAAGAAUAUGGAGCAAAUGAUCGAUGAAGUUAUGAAUGCGGAACUCGUGGAUCGGAAUGGCCAGCUACCCGUAUUUUCAAGCUCGGUUAACAUGUUCGCAUACAUUCGCAACUCGAUCAAUCGGUGUAUGGCAUUGACGAACGGACAGACUUUUUUCGAUCUCCAGAACGAAUUCAAGCGUUGCUUCAAGCUUUAUUCACAGCGGCUUCUCGAAAAAAUUCCAACUGCUUCAUCAGGGCCAGCUGGUGGUCUUGAUUCCUCAGGAAGUGGCGCGACUCAUAAGGUGAAGCUUGGCGACAAACAGGAAGAAGAGCUCUGCUUUGUGAUUAAUACGGCUGAGUACUGCGCUGGAACUCUUCCCUCUUUGGAAGAAGUAGUUCGCAGCAAGAUCGAUGGGGCAUAUAGCGAUGCUAUUGAGCUGUCUCAAGAAAUUGAUGCAUUUCGUGAUGUAGGUGCUGCCGCAAUAAAGUGCAUUGUCGCUGGAUUGGAAACACCGUUGGAAGACAAAUUAGUCACGCUUUACAAGGCAAACUGGCAGGCAUGGGAGACGGUAGGUGAUGAAAGUUUGUACGUGACACAAAUAGGUGAGAAACUGCGGGCUUUUGUACCGGUGCUGCGCCAAAUGCUGUCUGGACUGUACUUUACGAACUUUUGUGAUAAAUUCGCCGCCUGCUUCAUGCCCAAGAUCCUGCAAUCCGUGAUGAAGUGCCGAAAGGUAAAUCAAGUAGCGACUCAGCAGCUACUGCUAGACGUGUACGCACUCAAAACUAUCUUCCUCCAGUUGCCAGUGUUGCCCAACGACGUCAAUUCACCUUUGUCGAAGAGUAAAGCGACGGUCCCAUCGCGCUACACGAAGUUCGUCACCAAUGAGUUCGCGAAGGUAGAGAGUGUACUGAAACUGAUUGGUACUCCACGUGAAAUGUUGGUGGAGAGCUUUAAGAUUAUGUGGCCUGAUGGUACCGCGGAUGAUUUCCAAUGUAUCAUGAAUAUGAAGGGGCUCAAAAAGAGCGAGCAGGCAGAUUUUUUGGAGACGCUGGGCAUGCAACGCAAACCUACGGGCAAGAUCGCCGAAAUGGAAGGCAAGAUGAGCGAUAUGACGGGGAACUGGAGGAAGAAUAUGCAGAACUUGGCCAAAGUACCAUUUGCCUUCUCGACCGGUAGUAACACUAACUCGCACAGUCAGAGUUAG